GAGAGGGAGAAUGUGUCAAAAGUAAGAUGAGAGCAGCAACACCAGGGAGAGACUGACAGACUGACUCUUCUUCUUUUUUCCCCUUAUAUUUCUUUGCCUUCCUUCUUUUCUAUUCAUAGAAGAAGAUUUGAUUCUUUUUUUUUUUCUUCUUUAAUAAUGGUCGGUUAGCUGGUUUCGAUGAAGGCUUGAAACUCACGCUAGUAAAGCGAACUCUCUGUCGUUUUAUAAUGUGUGUGUGAGAGAGACUGAGAGAGCGGUACUAGUGCUGUUCCUUUGUUUCAGUGAAAAUGGUGGAUAUGAGAGGAGUGAACACGUGGCAAGACGAGCUAGCGAGUUUAGUGGAGAACAGUGGUAUCCAAUACACUGGAGAACCUAUCGGUAUAAUGGCGGCUUCACCGCCGAUACUCGCUUCAACAAGAAUGAUGGAGUCGGAGACGGAAACGGAGAGUUUGAAGGAGCAAGUGACGGGGUUUCUGAAGUCAUGGGGAGAGAUGUUGGUGGAUUUAGGGAAGGGAUGUAAAGAUAUAGUGACGCAGAGUAAUUUGGUGAGCGAAGAUUCGUUCAUUGUGCAAAAAUUAGGAAAGCCAAUGGCUAAAGCGUCGGGUAGAUUAAAGUAUUUGAAUGAGUUUUUGCCUGAGGAUCGUGACCCUGCAAUUGCUUGGCCUGUCAUUUUCUUCGUCCUUCUCCUUGCUCUUGCAGCCAUAAGUGGAAAUAGCACAAAUAAUAGCUUGGUUCCGUCUGUAAAGAAAAUGCGUGUACAUCCACCUAGUGCUGCUCGCAUACUGCUCCCUGAUGGUCGACACAUGGCUUAUCUGGAGCAAGGCGUUCCAGCUGACAGGGCAAGGUUUUCCGUUAUUGCCCCCCAUUCUUUUCUUUCCUCUCGACUUGCAGGUAUACCUGGAGUUAAAACAUCACUGCUUGAAGAGUUUGGUGUGCGCUUGGUCUCAUAUGACCUUCCUGGUUUUGGAGAGAGUGAUCCUCAUACCAGAAGAAAUCUAAACUCAUCGGCAAUGGAUAUGCUCUACCUAGCUGAUUCUGUCGGUAUUCUUGGAAAGUUUUGGGUCCUGGGUUACUCCAGUGGGAGCAUGCAUUCUUGGGCUGCACUUAGAUACAUUCCUGACAGAAUUGCUGGUGCUGCCAUGUUUGCUCCAAUGAUUAAUCCAUAUGAGCCAAGCAUGACCAAGGAAGAGAUGAAAAGAACAUGGGAUCAGUGGUCAUCAAGAAGGAAGCUAUUGUACUUCUUGGCUCGGAAAUUCCCGAAGUUCCUCCCUUAUUUUUAUCACCGAAGCUUCCUGUCUGGAAAUCAUGGUCGAAUUGAUAAGUGGAUGUCUCAAUCACUUGGAAAGAAGGAUGAAAUUCUGAUCGAGGGGCCAAUGUUUGAGGAGUUUUGGCAUAGGGACGUGGAGGAGUCGGUACGCCUGGGGAUUGCAAAACCAUUCAUUGAGGAAGCUGUGCUGCAGGUGUCAAACUGGGGUUUCAGCCUAGCAGAUCUUCACGUGCAGAGAAAGUGCCUGAGGAAUGGCAUUCUUCUUUGGCUCAGGUCCAUGUACAGUCAGGAAGAAUGUGAAUGGGCAGGAUUCCUUGGUCCAAUACACAUAUGGCAGGGGAUGGAUGAUCAAGCAGUGCCGUCCUCAAUGACUGAUUACAUAACUCGGGUUCUACCUCGGGCCAUCUUGCAUAAACUCCCAAAUGAAGGCCACUUCUCCUACUACUUUUUCUGUGAAGAAUGCCAUAGGCAGAUAUUCUCUACUCUUUUUGGAGAUGCCCUGGGUCCUCUCAACAAGAUGGCGGAAAUCGAUGAGACUUCAUUUGAAGCGGUGGCGGAAGAAGCAUCAUCCAUUACUGGUUCUGCCAGGAAAUGAUACAUCAGUACAGCUAUACUCUUUUAGCAUGAAGGAAAUCAAUGUAAAUACCAGAGGUCAGUGGAGAGGUUCUAAUAAUAUAAAAUAGAUUUGUUUCCAGUUGUCAA